CUGGUUCGGUGCUUAUUUUACAUACGGGACAUUGCAGUCGUCAUGUUGUUGGUCGUUUGAAACAGCGCGCUUGAAGGACACAGUUAUGGUCUUUUCGCAAAUCAAUGCAAGAUAAAGCCACAGCAAAACAUCAACAUUAUGCUGUUAAAAGUGCAGUACCAACAUCACAAAAAGUACAUAAAGCUUACUGGAUCGUCUUAUGAUUCUGUAAUCAAGGAUGUCAAGCAGAAGUUUGACAUCUCCACAGAUCAUAAGGUUUUUUUGGCUGACGAGACUGGAACAGAAGUAGAUGAAGAUGUUUUUGCUGACAUUAUUGAGCAGAAGCCUGACACUCUUUGGAUGGUAAUUGAUGCUGUGGCUGUAACAGACUCUCCUGCACACACAAGCUAUCCAUCUUCAAAUGAGACAGAUGCACCAUCACUUCAUUCAGUUGCAUCAUCGUCAGACACACAGCCAUUAGACAGUGAUGGUCCUUUCUUCCCACCUAAAAGAACUUGUUCUGAUGACCAUUUGCAAGAAGCUAAGGAGCUUGUGAAAAGUGUUUUAGAAAAAAAGCCUGCUGGGGAGAAGAUAUUGCAGGAAUACAAAACAACUGGGAAAAUCACAGAUUCCACAAGACGGAUUCUUGUGAACGCAUUAGUUGACAUGAUCGAUAAAUAUGGGAGUAUUCCACCUAAGGAGAUCAGAGUUAAAUCUGCAGUUGGGAUUGUGACUCUGUUUCCCUCUCUCAAAGAUCUCUUUUCCAGAAAAGGCUGUGUGAGUUCUCUAUUUUACUUUUUAGUAGGGAUGCAUGUUGUUAUUAUUAGCAUGCCAUAUAAUUAUCACUACUUUUUGGUCUGUUUAUAUAUUUCAUUUAUCAAUGUAAAACUGUUUUUCAUGUAAGUGCUGUAAUU